ACGAGUCUAUUAUUAGGGUUUUCGGAUCUUCAAUUGUUUUUAGGGUUAAUUUUGUAUCUCCUUUCGUCAAAUUAUUUGCUCCCAAUCAAAAUCGUAAGUUGUUUCUACAAAAUUACAAGGGCGUUGUAAUUAAUCUAAAAUGCCGCCGCGGGCGAUGAAGAAAACAGCCGGGCCAAAGAAAACAACCGGUAGGCCAGCUAGAGGAGCUGCAGCAAAACAGAAGGUUAACAAAGAAGAAAGUGUGAAAAUUGAAGAAGUGAAGGAGGAAGAGAUGAAGAUUAUUGAAACCGUACAAUUUGAAGAACCUGUACCUGAACCUGAAUUGAAACGGGAAGCUAAUGGAUCUGCUGAUGUUAAAGAGGAAGAUGAUGUCAAAGAGACAUUUUAUGAGGAAGACAGAGGUGAACGUUUAGAGCUGGAGGAUAAUGAUGCGGAGUAUGAGCCCGAAGAAGAUGUUCCUCUGGAUUAUGAUGAGAAGGAAAUCGAACAUGAAGAUGAUCCAGAGGAAGGAGAUGGGGUUGAGGAAGAGCCCGAGGAGGGGGAUUUAGGCGAACAUGAAGAAGGUGAUAUGGUUGUGGAUGAAGUGGAAGAAGUUGCUGAGGAGGUUGAAGGGGAAGAGGUUGAAGGGGAAGAGGGUGAAGAGAAUAUUGAGGAGGGGCAUCACCACAUGGCUGAAGGUGAAGAUGAGGAGCACCAUGAAGUUGCUAGGGAGAGGCGCAAGCGCAAGGAGUUUGAAAUAUUUGUUGGAGGCUUGGACAAGGAUGCAACUGAUGAGGAUUUAAAAAAAGUCUUCAGUGCAGUAGGUGAGGUUAUUGAAGUAAGGUUAAUGAUGAAUCCCCAAACUAAGAAAAAUAAAGGUUUUGCUUUCCUACGUUUUGCCACUGUAGAACAAGCAAAACGAGCUGUAACAGAGAUGAAGAGCCCAGUGGUUAAUGGAAAACAAUGUGGUGUUACUCCGUGUCAAGACAGUGAUACUCUUUUUCUGGGCAACGUAUGCAAGACUUGGACAAAAGAAGCUUUAAAAGAGAAGUUGAAAUAUUAUGGGAUUGACAGUAUUGACGACUUGACGCUGGUUGAAGAUAAAAGAGAGGGAAGGAAUCGUGGGUUUGCUUUUCUGGACUUUGUGUCCCAUUCGGAGGCAGUGGAGGCCUAUAAGCGCUUGCUGAAGAAAAAAGCUGUCUUUGGAGUUGAUAGAAUUGCAAAGGUUGCUUUUGCAGACUCUUUCAUUCAGCCUGAUGAUGCAAUCAUGGCACAGGUUAAAACGGUGUUUGUGGACGGUCUGCCUGCCUCAUGGAAUGAGGACCGUGUCAAAGAGCAUCUCAAAAAAUUUGGGGAGAUUGAAAAGAUAGAACUUGCUAGAAAUAUGCCAUCAGCCAAAAGGAAGGAUUUCGGUUUUAUAUCUUUUUGUGCCCAUGAUGAGGCAGUAGCAUGUGCUGAAGGCAUUAACAAUUCAGAAUUGGGAGAGGGAGAAAACAAGGUAAUGGUUAGGGCAAGAUUAUCUCGACCCCAUCAGAGAGGUAGAGGGAAGCAUCCUCAUGGAGAUUUUCAGCCUGGAAGAGGGAUUCCUUAUCCUAGUAGGGGUGGUUCUUGGAUACGUCCUGGACGUAGUUUGCAAGGUGGUAUUGGAGGCAGAAUGCAGCCACCUCGUAGUCGUGGAUUCAAGUCACCCAUCAGAGGUAGACGCCCUGUUAUGGAUAUGCCAGAAAGAGUCAGGCCUUUGCCGCCCCCAGUGAGGUCCUACACAAGGAGACCAAUCCCUUCAUACACCAAGAGCAGUUCAAAGAGAGACUAUGGUCGAAGGGAUGAGCUUCCUCCAAGAAGCAGAUUCAUAGAUUACAGUCCUAGAGCCCCUGUGGAGAGGCGAUCGUCUUAUAGAAAUGAUUAUUCUCCUCCACGAGGACCUGGCUAUGCCGAUGAAAUCCCACCACGAAUUGCUGCUCGUACUGCUGCUAGGAGAGGUUAUAUAGAUGAAAGUUAUGAGCGGAGAUUUGAAAGACCUCCUCCAAGUUACGGUGAUGCUCGGUCUUGUGACUAUGAAUCUGUUUCAGGGUCUAAACGCCAAUAUUCUGCAUUGGAGGAUGUUCCUCCACGUUAUGCUGAUGCUGGUCCGCGCCAAAGGGCUCGGCUAGAUUAUGGGGAAGGUGGCAGUGCUUCUCAUUACGGGGAAGCUUACAAUGACAGGCUUGGGAGAUCUCACCUGGGGUAUGGUGCUAGCAGCAGAAGUUCUCUCUCUGCUCAGGACUCGCAUGGGAUUUAUGGCAGUCGUCAGAGUCUGGGUUAUAGUGGAGGUUCUUAUGGCGGCAAUGAUGUCAGUGGAAUGUACACCAGCUACGCUGGUGAUUACAUCUCUCGUGGACCUGAUGUUGGCAAUAGCUCUUACUCGUCAUCACUAUAUUCCGGUCGCAGCUUGGGUGGUAGCAGUUACCUUGGAGGUGGUGGUAGUAGUAGUGGUUCUGGAUCAUAUUAUUAAGGUAAGUCGAUCUAUUCCGCAUUAUCAGUAGUUUGUUUUGUGGAUUGGUACCUAAACCUUAGCCGAUUUAGUAACAUUGGAAAAGAAACCUAAGAGCUCAAGAUUUUUCCCUGUCUUAUAUGUUUCGUGAUGAUUAUGUUUGGUGGUAUAAGACGGUGCUCCUUUGUAGCAGUCUGACUGAUCACGGCAGUAUAGAAGAGCUAUUUGGUCACGUGAAUUUGUGUAUGACAACAGAUUUUUACAAGAGGAUGCUGUAGGGCGUAGGCUGUUGAGUUAUUUGAAGCUUGUGCGUAUGAGAUGCCUACAUUGUUGGAAAGAGAGAAUCGUGUAUAACCUAAGUGCAUAUGACCAGUUAAGUUCUGGAGGGAGAAAACAUUUGUGUUCUUAAGUACACUGAAGCCCAAUAUAUUGGCCAAGCUAAAGAUGAGAGAACCACAUUUUCCCUUGUGUGCAUGCUACAAUGGAACUUCUUCAAUUUGGAGGAUCAAACUACUAGAAAGCCUAGUUUCUGUGGUAUGUUUGACAUGAAUAUUUAUUUCUCACCUCAAAGGUACCUGUCAUUUGAUGGACAAAGACGUUGUAUGCUGCAUUAUCAGUUAUGAAAGAGCAAAAUAUUUGAUCUAACCGUGAAAGAAUGAGGUGGUUGGAAUGUGAAUACAUAAGUACUAUUAAUUUUUUGUUGCUGAAAUUCCUUGGUUAAGUUGUAUAAUGGAGCAUGUUAUUGGUUUUUGCUGGAAUGGAAGUUUUCCUUUAUACCUCUACUGCGCUGAUUUGGAAGGCAGUUUUGAGUUGAACUGCUCUUAUGCUUUAGAAAGAAGCAUUUACCAGGGUUUGGCAGUGAACCAAAAUAAAACCGGGCAAGAGUACCCUAUAGGCAUAUGGUCACUGCCAAGGUUUGAUUGGAGACUCAUUAGACGAUAAUGUAGCAGGAAUCUUUUUACCCAGUUUAUAGUCUUAAUGAUAUGGUAAGUUAAUGGUCAGAACUUAGGUAGCAUCUACUGGUUCAUUUUUCUUCCUUCUGCCCUUCAGCAUUUAUUGCAAAGAGCAAUUUUUAAAGUAAGUACACACAAUAAGAUUAUUGGAAGGGAAGAAAGUAAUACUACAGUUUCUUUGGAGAAACCAAGCAUAACCCCGAACAUAUUUCAUUAUCUAGAAAUUUAAUUGUUCAUUGGGAUUUUGGCCUCUUCUUUUGCUUUGAAAGUGGGUAAUUUAAAGUUGAGGUAGGAACCAUUUUUGUGAGAGAAGAAAGCAUGGGAUUAUUAAGUGGUUUUUCGUUUCAAGGGUAGCAUGGCUGAAACCUGUAUAUAAUUUGGCAUACUAGAUUCUACAAGGCCGUAUUAAGUUGGAACUAUUCCUGUUUGGGUUGGAUGGGGCAAAAACUUGGAUGCCCAAAAGCUUAACUGAUUUUUGAUAAUGAGACUAGGGUAGCAUGGCUGAAACCUAUAUAUAAUUUGGCAUACUAGAUUCUACACUAAGCUUAACAGUUAGUUUAGUGUUAGCUUAGUGUUUGUUGUGCUGCUUUUAACUCCACGCAGUUAGCUUUCUGUUAGAUGCAACUAGGGUUUUUUCAAUGAUUCUUUUUCUUUUGCUGGUUACCGAAGAUGAUUGAGAGAAUUAGAGUGCAGGCUUUUAGAGCGUUGUUUGGCAAUUGACCUUAUUAUAAGGGAACGGAGAAACACUAUCUUAGUUGCCGUUUUGUUCCUUAAUGAUGCGUCUUCUGUUACUACAUGUUGAGUUAAAACUGCAUCAGAGUUUGAGUUGAUCUUGAUUCGUUUUUCUAACAAUCAUCAUGGUAAGGAGUCCUCCUUCAAGACUUCAGCUAGACCCCCAGAAGGUUUACUCAGUUUGACUUUAGUGGAACCCCUACAGGGUUACUCAAUUUGACUUUAUUGGGAUGUUUACCGUGCGUAGUAGUUCCGUUGCAGUUAACGUUGGUAGUCCACCUUUGCUAGGUUAAGUUAUGACUCAUUGGGGUUGAAGAGAAACCUGAAGUAGACUGUGGAUUCUCUUAUUCUUCUCUUAAAAAA